UAUUUAAACAGAUACGUUAAGGGCUUAGAAAUUAAAUUAAUUAGUUAUUCUGGAACCUUUAAAAUUAAAUUGCAAUAUUUUUUCGCUUUAUUGAUGAAUACAUUUCGAAAUGGAUCUCCGCAAUUUUUGGCACAUCACGCACGAGGUGCGUGCGGUCAAUAUGAGACUCGUGAAAUAUGUGAAAAUUGCUGCAUUUAUUUAAUUGAAGAGAUUUUUAAAAUAUAAUGUAAUUUUUCCUGAAAACUGCGAUCUUGUAAGUAUACUUAAGAAGGUAGGGAGGCAUAAUAAUAAUAGUAAGGUAGGAUCUAUAGCACGGUAAUAAUUAGUAGUUAUUAUAAAAAGUAUACGCAACGCAAAGCAAUCCAAUCCAAGCAAAUAAGGAUAUUAUAAAUAUUCGUAAGUAUAUUUUUUGGUGAAAGCUACAAGGUAUGUCAACCCAUUUAAUAUUGUGUGUAGGAGCGGAGCCUACACAUCCUAUAUGACCUGAAUCACUCAUAACUUUCGAUUUACCUACUUACCCAUUAUUUCGAAAUACCAUAAUAUACAGGGUGGAAUUUUGUAAUGCCACCUGGAGGGAAAGUACUCUUAAUACUGUAGAUAGAAAAUUUUACUGAAAGAAAACAUUCCUUUAUUUUUUAAAAGAAUGAGAACUGCAUUCAAAGAUUUUCGAAAAUUUACUACCAUACCAUACAAUUUUCUGUACAAAAUUAAAAUAAUUUAAGAUUUCAUAGUUUUCCUUUCAUUUGAUUUAUCAAGUUUGUUAGAGAGAUUUCAUCCUUAUACUUAACCCUAACGAUCGAUGCAAUAAAAAUACAGGGUGUAAUUUUUAACAGAUUUUAGUUGGUUCGAUUCCCGGGUGUGGCAAGCAAAUUUUUGGAAAUCUUUGAAUGCAGUUCUAUCGUUCGUUCGUUCGUUUCAGCCGAAAGACGUCCACUGCUGGACAAAGGCCUCCCCCAAGGAUUUCCACAAAGACCGGUCCUGCGCCGCUUGCAUCCAGGUACUUCCCGCGACCUUCACCAGAUCGUCGGUCCACCUAGUGGGAGGCCUGCCCACGCUACGUCUUCCAGCUCGUGGUCGCCACUCAAGAACUUUCCUGCCCCAGCGGCCAUCAGCUCUUCGAGCUAUGUGCCCCGCCCACUGCCACUUGAUUUUAGCGGAUUUUAUGGGCCUCAUAAGAAGGCUCAAAGUCACCCAAAGAGCGAUGGAGCGUGCUAUGCUCGGAGUUUCCCUGCGUGAUCGAAUCAGAAAUGAGGAGAUCCGUAGGAGAACCAGAGUGACUGACAUAGCCCGCAGAAUCGCUAAAAUCAAGUGGCAGUUCUAUAUCUUUUCAGAAAUAAAAGAAUGUAUUCUUUGAGAAAAAAUUACAGAAGAUAAAAAAGAUUCUACGGGCCGCAAUAAUCCAAACCGCGGGCCGCACGGCCAUGGUUUGGACAGCCCUGAUUUAGGUAAUCGAACAAUAGUUGUACUACUAAAGGUCCUGGGUUCAAUCUCUGGUGGGUCAGACAAACUAAAAUUAUAUGGUGAUGAUUGAAAUCUACCCUACAUACAAUGACUACAUAUAAUUACUUCGUUGCUCUGUAAUUUAGAAAAACUUAAGGUAUAAAGUAAUUUAAUGAAGCCUACCUAAAAUAAUUAGGUAUAAUUAUAUACCAUUAUUGUUAUGCUCGGUGUUUCUUUACGAGAUCAAAUCAGAAAUGAGGAGAUCCGUAAACGAACUAAGUCACUGUUAAAGGUAGCAGGAAGGCGCUGGAUGCAGGCCGUUACCAACCGUGCGAUGUAGAAGUCUUUGGGGGAGGCCUAUGUUCAGCAGUGGACGUCCUGUGGCUGAAAUGAUGAUUAUUAUUGCAAUGAUGUUGAAAUUAAUGAAUGAGGUCAUGCUGAGGUUGAGGAAUCAUAUCAGGCUUUAUUAAUCUAAGCAUAUCAGUAAUUAUCUUGAUUGACUAAGCAAGCAAAUCAAGUUUCAGUUUCAUAUUGUGCAAAAGUAUCUGUGACUCUGCGAGGUGCUGUGAGUGAGCGAAAAUCUCAGCAUAUGGCCUUAUGGCCAGCCCGAUAUGGAAAUGGAAAUCUUAUCUAAGCCCUCUCUACAUAAAUGCUGACAUACUGCAACUUUUUACGCUUUGACACACGGGGUGGAAACUCAUCUGUGCUUUGACAUGACACAUCAUUUCAGCUUCAGCAGUCUGUGGUGAAUUUUUUUUGUAUCUGUCAUUAGUGUCAGUCGUUUUAUUGCAAAAAAUGAAACUCGUAAUUUGGUAAUUUUCUGUGGUAAUUUUGUCGAUAAAAAUGUAAUAAGUAAAUCGUAUUAUUACUAAUUACUCUUCAGAUGUAGUGAAUGAACUAUUUUUAAUUCAUCUUCAAUCAGUAUUUUGUUUAAAUAAAAAAUAAUAACAUGGAAAACUCAGCAAUACAAACAUUAGAGACUGCUGCUCAGAUGCUGAUGGCACCGCCAGAAAUGGUGUCAUCGCAGCAGCGCCACCAGGCAGAAAGCGUAUUCCUGGAAUUCCGGAGCACUAAAAACCCCUACCAGCUGUGCAGGGAACUCUUGGAGAAGUCUUCUUCUGACUAUGUGCUGUUUGAGGCAGCUGGGUUAUUGAAGUCAGCGUUAAUUAGAGAAUGGAGCUUAUUGUCUGAGAAUGAUAUUUCAUCCCUGAGGGAAUACUUGUUGAAUUUUCUUCUUAGGUCAGAUACACCUCCAUUCCUGAGAGAGAAGUUAUUGCAGACUAUUGCUAUAAUCAUCAAGAGAGGCAGCAUUGAUGAUGGAGGCAGAGAAAGGAGAGCAUUAAUUGGUGAACUAGAAAAAAUGAUUUUGAGCUCUCCUAUAAAUCAGCAAAAAUUGGCCUGCUCACUGAUUUUAGCCAUUAUGCAAGAAUAUGCUAUUACAGUAAAGUCUGCUGAUGUUGGGCUCAUAUGGGAAGUUCACUUUCGACUCAAGAAGUCAUUUGAAGGAGUUGAUUUGAAGAGGAUAUUCCGUUUUACUGUAGGUGUUUUGGAGCAGAUAGUCCGCUCUGGACACCGGCCUGAAGGGGAGCAAGCUAUGCUGACCAAGCAACUUCUGACAAUUGUUGAAACAGUGUUGUGCUGGAGCCAUGUCUCUCCUCUGCUGUCAAAGAGGUUAAUCGGUGCAUUUGAAGCUAUAUACGAAAGUGAUACGGCCCCAGCAUUGCGUUUAAGUCUCAGCUGGAGGGACACUAUAAUGCAGCCAGAACUCAUUGCAUUAUUCUUCGAGAUACACAUGUAUGUGAGGUCAAACCCGGAGUUAGCUAACCCGUCUUUAACAUGUCUAGUGCAACUGGCUAGUUUGAGUGGUGUUGUGGUCCAUGUUGGUAAUUUAAAGCAGCAGUAUUUGGAGAACUAUGUGAAUAGUUUUAUGAACAUGAUGGCAUAUGUUCAGCCAGUGGAAAGGGAGAUGCUUGGGAUAUCUGAUAUUUAUAGGCGACUGAUUCAGUUUUUCGCUCCCCAAAUGAUAGCAUCUACUCCCCCAGCAUUUCUGCAGAAUUUGACAUCUUUAACAUGUACAUGCAUCAGGGCGUCAGUUGUUGAAGAAGUGACAAAUGAAGACACAGUAUGGAGGGAGUCUCUGAAUAAGUUCCUGCACACAUGGAGCUCCCUUGCCCACGAUCCAGAUGGAUUCUCCAAUGAGACCUUGAUGAAUCCUUGUAUAGAAGUCUUUAACACCUACCUUCAAUGCAGACUGGCACCCCCUGAUGGGACAAGAGGUACAGCGGCUGAAGAAGAAGAUAUCAAGGAUGACAACGAGGAAGAUGAGCGGAAACUGCACAGCAACGUGUUGCUGACGAUCGGAGCGAUCGCCAGGAAGGCGCCCGCGCAUUGCUGCCACGUGCUGUUUACAUUGCUGCAAGAUAGGAGCAAGAGGCUCGAAGGACAACUACAGCUUAUGCACAUGGGUAAACUGCCAGUAAGCAAUGGUGAACAACUGGUGAGCCUGUUUGAAGACUUGCACUGGAUCUUGAUGAUUACUGGACAUUUCCUAGCCAUAGACUGCACAGAGGGUGAGACUGUGAUGAUACCGCCGGAGAUCAUAAGCUACAGUAUCAGAGAGAACGCCAAUGUUGACGCUUCCCUCAGGUACUUGGUUGGGGAGAGCCAUAGCACGGAAAAUGUCGACCCGGUGUUAAAGUUGAUGGGUGAAAUCCUUCGCAUAAGCGCGUGGGAAUGUGCUGCGUUGGAAGCUGGUUUAGGAACGGUGUUCAGUCCAGAACUGUCUGCUACCAUCUCUUGGCUUUUGAAGAUAUGGUCCAACUCUUAUCUGAUGCCGCAGACGUCAGUCUACUCUGAGAUGUCGCCGAUCCUGGAGUGCGCUUUCGGGCGGUCGUCGCGCGGCGUGUCGUGGGUGGUGUCGCGGCUGGCCAGCCGCGCGGGCGCGUGCCUGCGCCACCUGGCCGCCCAGCCCGCCGCCGCCGCGCAGGCGCUGCAGCUGCUGACUACCCUCGCGCACGCGCAGCACAAACAAAACCCCCUGGCCAGUUGCGAGGAGUUCCUCAACCUGGUAGCGUGGGAAGCAUCCGGGAAUAACCUGCCCGGUGAACUGAGGAAAGAGUUGCACAGAGCUUUCGCCAUCUGUGCCACUUAUGCUGAAGGAGAUGUAAGGAAUCGUCUACUAUCCAGCACGGUAGCGCUACAGGAGAAGCUUAUGAACCUGAUCAACAUGGAAUCCGACACCGAGCCCGUGCGAAACAUGCUAGCGGACACUUUGGAUUGCUUCAUUGGAGUCACUGAAGGAAUGCUUGAGGUGGGAUCAAUGGACGAGCAGUUUAUGAUGCUGAUCGGCGCCAUAGACAAGGUCCCCGGGAUCAUAUUCCGCUACCAUAACUACCCUGGCGUGGUGUUGCCAGCUCUCAAUCUAUUGGCGAAGAGCGCCAAGCGGAUGUUACACUCGGUACAGCCGCAGAAUGUCAACAAGUUCCUAGAAGUGUGCAAUACUACAUUCGAAGUAUACAUGAGGUGGAAUUCGGGAAAAAUAUCAAGCAUCCCGCAAGAUGCCGAAGAAGAAGCUUAUGAGGACAUCUGCGCGCUAAUGGAAAUGAUAUGCUGCAUCGCCCGUAGCGGGGCACAGCGGACGACGACGUCACCAGGCGCCGUCGGCGUCGGCGAGACAUGUGCGCGUGGUUUGCGCCUGCUACUACCACUCAUCACGCCGGCGCUAUUGGCGCUGCCCACGCUCGCGCACCACGCCUACAGGAUGCUGCGCGACCUGGACGCCGCCGACCAGUUAACUACACUUCCGAUCGGAGACUACAACAUGGUCGUGACGGCACUACGCGUUGGACUUACCGCUGUCUCGUACGAUGUGUCAACUCUCUGCUGCGACACCAUCGUCGGGCUCGCCAACAAGGCGCGCACGCUAGGUGACGACAACCCCUUCGCUUUGUCCCUUCUAACCCUAGCUGAACUGUUGCUCAUGCUGAUCAUCAAGAUGGAAAUCCCUCCGGACUCCAUACCAGCCGCGGGCGCCGCUAUAUACGCGCUCACGUGUGUCAAACCAGCGCUACUAGAAGGCCUCGCGCGUCAGCUGAUCGAGGCCUUCGCGGUCAACGACCCCGCCAGCGUGCCGCGACUCGAAGAAGCCUUCGGCAUACUCACCAACGGAGUCCUCUUCGACGGCCUCCGCCCACACAAACUGCGCUUCCAGGAUAACUUCGAUAAGUUCCUAGCCAGUGUGCACGGCUUCCUCAUCGUAAAAUAACUUUCAAUAGAUGACUGCAUGUGAUUUCUUCUAAUCGGCCUGUCGGUCAUACGAUUAGCGCGAGAGCAACAGUGGUAUAUCAAAAAAGCUGAAGCUCUCGAACGCAGCGUACUUCCUAAAUAUUGAUUGUUUAACGACAAUCGAACGAGGCCUAGACCUCGCCCUUGUGUAAUCUCUAAUUCAAAUGCAGUAGCAACUCUGCAGGCUUUUAUAGCGAAUGACAUUAUGAAACGACGCCUCAUGCUGUUGGCGUCAUCUGACAUAACCUAUUCAUAUCGUUAAUGUUUUAACUAGAUUUUAAUUGUGAUUCAGGACGAGCUAUCUUAAACUCGACGCGGUGACAAAAUUAGCGUAAUCUUAACAUAUUAAUGUAAUUUUGGCAUUUUUAGAAACUAGUUAUUGAAAUAAAUUGAACCAAAUGUUUUAAGAAGACUUGAUUGUUAAUAUGAUUUGCGUAUUCGUGAGACUUUAUUGCGUGUUCGAAUGUUGAUAAAAUGUGUACUUAAAUUAAUGUCUUGAAAAGUCCCUCCACGGGCUGUGUAAACUUUAUUUGUAAUGAAACACUAUUGUGUAAAUUAAUAUUUGAGAGUGUAUAAUAUGGCAUAUAAGCGCCAUAAGCGGAAAAGGCUUGUUCUAAAGAAAUAUUCUUUAAACGUUUAAUGGCCUAAACGUUAAACAGGGUGCUUUAUGACUCCAAAAUUGACUGGCUAAAUUAUUAAUGACUCUUCUUUUACACUUUUCACAGUCGCAUUUGGAGUCUGUAAAAUUUUAUUGUAGCUAUUCUUCAAAAAUUCUUUGCCAGUAACACAAAAAGUCAAUUUUAUAGUUUCGUCAGCAAAUUGCUAUCUUAUGUUCACAACGAAAAAAAAAACAAACUAUAACAAAUCUUUAAAGUGGUUGUGAAUGUGUAAAGUGCAGAAGUAAAGAUUUACUGUGGUAUUACAUAAUUAUGAAUAUAGUUAGAUUUAUUAAGUACACUUAGUACUUACGGCUAGUUAGGAGAAUUUGUGGUUUCUACUAUGAUAAGGAUUUGUAAACUGUAUUGAGUUUACAUUAUUUUAUGAGAAGUGUUAAAAUGCACUUUCAAUAUUUAUUGCAGGUUUUACUCCGUCUUAUAUAUUAGCGUUAAAGUGUCUUCUGGAAUGAGCCUCGUAAUUUUUGCCAUUUGGGCGGGUAUGCUAAUUUUCGAUGCAUUGUCUAAAGAAAGUUCUUUGUAAUCUCAAUUUCUUUCAGCCAAAUUCAUUAGGAUACAUGUUAAGUACCUCUUUGUCUCGUCACUGCACAUGUAGAAAUAAAUUUUUCUUAUAACUAGUCUUUCUAAAUAUUAUGUCGCAUCGCAUCCAAUAUGUGUGAUUUUACUGACGUUGUAAGUAUUGAUUUGUCUGUUUUUGAUAGAUUGUUAAGUUUAUACCUUUCUCUAUCUCUCUCUCUCUCUCUUUCUUCCUAUCUAUUUCUCACUCGGACAUUUAUGAUGCAAUUAAUUUAUUUUUAGACUAACAAGUCUACAUUAUUUUAUAAUUGUUUGCAAACUAUGUCAAUUUUUAUUUAUCAUAAUUAUCAUUCCCACUAAGUAAGUUUUCAAACUUGUCUAAUUGUGUGCCUAUCGUUACUUGAUAAACGAAUAAGCAACUUUAAUAUUACUGAAGUAAGAAAAAAUAUUUUCAAGAACAUUUAAUUUUAUUAAUCGUAAAAGAGAGUUGAGAGUAACAUUAAGUAAAUCCUGUAGUUAUCUCAGAGACUUAUAGCAAACAAUUUUAUUGUAUUUCUAGUUUCGAAUAUUCGUAUUAAUGAAUUGUAUGUAGCCCGAGCUUAAGAAUCUUGCAAUACCAUAAUUAAAUAACGUUUUAAUUACAGCCAUAUUAACCUUGUCUUCCUGAUAUUUUCAGCCAACUUGUACCUGCUUGAUAUUUUAGUUUUAUUUACAGUCAGGCUAUUUAGUUAUUGUUAAUUUUAUUAGGCGUAGAGAUUUUUUUUUUUUUCUUUUUUUAUGUGAUAGGAGGCAAACGAGCAGACGGAUCACCUGAUGGUAAGUGAUUACCGUCGCCCAUAGACACCCGCAGACCCAGGGGCGUUACAGGUGCGUUGCCGGCCUAAUAGAUAGAAUAGAUGUUUAAGUUCCUUCGUGGAAUGAUUGUUUUAUCAGUGAAACUAAAUAUCUACAUAAUGCCAUGUUGUAAAUACUCAAAACAUAUUUUAAUACCUCCCUGGUAAUACCUUUUCAAUAUCUGUAUUGCAUUGAAUAAAUUGUACAAAUUUCAUAAAGCA